AUGGCUUCUGACAAAAAGACAGAAGAACAUCCAUUUGCAGACAUCUUUAAUGAAGAUGAAACUGACAGGAACUGUUUGCUGUCCAAACCGGCUUGCUUUGUUAUAUUUGGAAAGCCUGGGGCUGGGAAGACAACAUUAGCCCGUAACAUAGCACAGGCAUGGAAAUGUAUUCGUGUUGAAGCUUUGUCGGUUUUGGAAGAGCACAUUGCGGCUGAGAGUGAAACCGGAGCUAUGCUGCAGUCACUGCUGGUGAGCGGUCACAGUGUCCCAGACGAGCUGGUCACAAAGUUGAUCCUGGAGAAGAUCAAGUCUCCAGAAGUUGCUCACUUCGGCUACAUCAUCACUGAAAUGCCGUCACUCUCACAAGAUAGCAUGACCGCUUUGAAGCAAAUAGAAUUUGUUAAAAACUUAGAAUUGCAACCCGAUAUCAUAAUCAAUAUUAAGUGCAGCGACUACGAUUUAUGCCAAAGAAUUUCUGGGCAACGGCAGCACAGUACUACAGGCUAUAUUUACACCAGAGACCAGUGGGACCCAGAAAUCAUAGAGAGUCGCAGGACAAAGAAGAAGGACGUCCCCAAGGAAGGAAAAUCUGAAGAGGAAGAAGAGGAAGAAGAACAAGAGGAGGAGGAGGCAUUCAUGACUGAAAUGCAGGUGGUGGCUGAAAUUAUUCAACACCUAGUCCAGAGGCCUGAGGACUAUCUGGAGAACAUUGAAAUCACUGUGAGGCUGUAUAAGGAGCUCCUGCUGAGCGCUCUGGAGGAGGUAAUGGCUGAGCAUAACCCCCAGUAUCUCAUCGAGCUAGAUGGGAAUAAGUCACCAGAGGAGCUCUUCAUGGUGAUCAUCGAGCGGCUGAAGUACUUGAACGUGAAGCGAGCAGCCAUCAUAACCAAGCUUCAGGGCACAGAGGAGGAAAUGACCGACAUAAUAGACACUGAAGAGCUGUUCCGUACGGUGUCAUCUUAUAAACUCAUUGCACCAAGGUACAGAUGGAACCGAAGCAAGUGGGCCCGUUCUUGUCCAGUGUCCUUAAAGGAGGGGAACAUUUAUUCGGGAGCAGCAGACUUUACCGUGAGUUUUCUAGGUAAAAUGUACUGCCUUUCUUCUGAAGAAACGUUAAAAUCCUUCUCACUGAACCCCCGCUCCUUCCUCCUGCCACCCAUGCCGCUGCCACCAUGCAAAGUCUUUGUAUUUGGACCCGACCAAGUAGGGAAAACAACGCUGGCCAAUCUGAUUGCAGAACACUUCAAAGCAAAGGUAAUUGACUAUGUUAAACUCGUUCAGCCACGUUUCGACAGUGCCCGUGAAAAGCUAAUAAAAGACACCAUAACUGAAGCCACCAACACAGCUAUCAAAGUUGUGAAAGAGAGGCUUCUGAAUGAGAUGCAAGCCAAAAAGCAAGAGGAGAAGACCUUGAAGGAACUGCAGAUGCACUACUCAAAAAAAGAUUACGAGGAUUUCAUGGAUUAUAAAAGGAUAAAAAGUUCUGAAGAGUUACCUUCUUCUCUCGAGGACACUGCCACCUCUCAAGGCUCCAAGAAACCAAGCUCCUUAGAGAUUGGCCAGGAAGAGAAAACAAAGUCGGAGGUCACCAUUUCCGGGGACAUCCUGGAUAAAGAUGUCUCUGCAGAAGAGUCGAUAGAAGAGGUGACUGAAAAGCACCCAGAGGUGUUUGCCAUGAUAGAGGAUACUCUGAGGCACUCCAAGGAGUUGAACUUUGAACAGCCACAUGAUAAACAGGCUGAAAUACUGGAGGAAGUCAUCAAAGAGGUGACAAAGGAUAACAAGGAUAGGUUCCCUGGUGCCCCAAAAUAUGGAGGAUGGAUCGUGAAGAACUUCCCUUUAGUACGAGAACUGUGGAUGUCCUUAAUAGAAAAAGCGCUUCUACCUGAUUUGGUUGUCUAUUUAUCAGAUUCAGAAAGUAAUGGAAAACAUGUGUUAAAUAGAUUAUAUUUAAAGAAUAAGGCAGAAAUCAAUGCUAAGAUUAUAGAAAGAUUGCAAGAAGAAAUUCAAGCCAAAAAAAGAGAGGAGGAGGAAAUACGAAAAGUCAAAGAAGAGGAACUGAGACUGGAAGAAGAAAAACAGAGGGUGAUGGAACUUGCGGCUAAGAAAUCAAAAGAUGCUGAGGAUCCCAAUAAUGAAGCUGAUGAGGAUGGUGAUGCUGAGGAUUCUGAAAUCCAUGAGUCUGAGGCACGUGAAAUACAAGAGUUCACCAGAACGUCAUCGUUGCCCGGGGGGUCUGAGGCAUCUGAGGCCCCAGAGGGGGAGCCUGAAGCUGAAGCAGUCGUGUUGCCGGAGUUUCCAGAAGAUGGCUACCCCAACGUUCCUGAAAUGGAAGCACUGAAGGAAGUGAUGAACAAUUACAUAAUAUUGUGGAAACAACUGGAGCAGAUGAUUUCCGACAGUUUAGUUCCAAUAUUAACAGUGGAUAUUUCCAACAAAACGCCCAAGGACCUCCUUCAGCGCGUAAUUGAAACUAUGGAAAGGCCUUUUAAGUAUAGUGCCUGGGAAUUAAACGCAGAAGAUUAUGAAGAAGAAGCAGAGGACUAUCAGGCUGAAACAGACAUCGAUGAGGAGCAGGAGGAAGAGGAAGAGGAAGAAGAAGAGGGUGAAGAAAAAAUUAAAGAAAAGAGGAGACACUUGGGAGAUACCAAACACUUCUGCCCGGUGGUUCUCAAAGAAAACUUUGUCCUACAACCGGGCAACAUGGACAAUGCUGUUAAAUACCGAGAAAAGAUAUACUACUUUUCAAGCACUGAGGCGAAGGAGAAGUUUUUGGAGCAUCCUGAGGACUAUGUGUCCCAGAACGAACCAUUAAAGGCUCCUCCACUAAGGAUUUGUCUUAUGGGUCCUCAUGGCUCUGGCAAAACUGUGUGUGCAAGAAAGCUGGCAGAAAAUUUUGGCAUUUUUCACAUUCAGUUUGAUGAAUUUCUCCAAGAAAAAAUGCUGCUCAAGGCUGAAAGGAAAUUUGGACCUGAGUUUGAGGACGAUUCCGAGGAGGAGCAAUUGGCAAAGCAAGAACUGGAAGAGCUUGCAGCUCAGGCAAACGUGAAGAUUGAAGAAGAUACCACGAAGAAGCAGCUUCCAGACGUACAAUUCACAGAGGAGGAGGAAGCCAUCAAGCUGAGUCUAACCGACAACGAGCCCCUGCCUUCGGAAAUCCUAGACCCCAUUCUUUCUGAGUGGUGGCUUAAAGAACCAAUCCGCUCCACGGGCUUCAUACUGGAUGGCUUCCCGCGGUACCCUGAAGAGGCCCAGUUUCUGGGAGAGCGAGGAUUUUUCCCAGACGCCGCCGUUAUACUACAAGUCGAUGACCAAGACAUCUUUGAUCGCCUCCUUCCCGCCCAAGUUCAGAAGUGGAAGACGAAACAGCUCAAGAAAUUAGAGAGGAAAAAACUCAUCAAAGACUUGAAGACAAAAAUCAAGGAGGACAUGGUUGCUAAAAGAAGAGCUGAACUUAUUUUGGAGAGAGAGAAAAAAAGGAGAGGAGACGUAAUUAGAGACGAGGAAGAAUUUAGUGACGAAGACGCAGAAGAUGAGGACGAUAUUGAGAACAUCCUUGAGGAAGAGUUUCCAAAGGAUGAGGAAGAGAUGAGCGAGGAAGACGAGGAACAGGAAGGAGACGCCACCGAGCGCCUGAGAAACGAGCUGGGGGAGAAAUUUGAAACAGAAACAAAUAAUAUCCAAUCGAUACAGGAUGAAUUCGACAAAGUUCUGAUACCAAUAAUUAUGGUCAACGGAGCUAGGAAAAUACACAUUGUACAAUAUGUAAUGAAUUUGAAACUGAAGCCCCUGGUGGAGAACCGUGAAAGCAUUUUUGAAAAGUGUUACCCGGUGUCCUCACACCUCGCUCACAAAAUGCUUGCCUUCACCUACAAACACAUGAGCUCAUUUGGCUACUGGGACCCUGUGAAGCUAAGCGAAGGAGAGACAAUCAAACCUGUUGAGAAUGCAGAGAACCCGCUGAACCCUGUAAUCCAUCGCCACUACAUCUACUUCCUAUCUAGCAAGCAAACGAAGGAGAAGUUCAUGAUGAACCCCAUCAAAUACAUCCGGCAACCCAAGCCCAAAGCCACCAUGCCUGUGAGGAUUAUGAUUGUGGGGCCUCCCAAGUCGGGGAAAACGACAGUUGCCAAAAAACUAGCAAGUGACUACGGCUUAAGACGUUUGUCGGUGGGAGAUGCGUUGCGUGGAAUUUUAAGCAACCACCCAGAUUCGGAGCUGUCACUGAUGUUAAACUGGCACCUUCACAAGGGGAUGACGGUACCUGACGAACUGGCUAUUCAAGCUUUAGAUAUCUCUCUGUUGGAAAGCGUGUGCAAUACUAUAGGUGUGGUCAUCGAUGGUUACCCUGUUACCCCACACCAGAUGGAUCUCUUGGAGGCGAGGUCAAUCAUCCCCAUGGUCAUCUUUGAGUUGGAUGUGCCGUCCAAGGAGAUCUUUAAAAGACUGCUUUUAGAGAAGAAGAUUGCGCAAAGUCUGCCUUAUCCACUGCACAACAGCUCGCAGAUCAUAGCUUAUAAGAACUCAAAGUAUCGUAAAAAUGUCAAUGAGAUCAGGCAGUUUUAUCAGAAGCAGCAUCAAAACUGGCAUGUGAUUGACGGCUUUCACAGUAAAUGGUGGGUAUGGAAUGAAGUCCUCAAAGACAUCCAACAGAUGAAUAAGUACAUACAGACAUACAUGGAAAAGAUAAAGGAAGGGAAAGCCGCAUGCAUUGACAAACUAUGCAUCACUCCCGAGGAGCUGAUUUCGCGCCUGGGAGAGUUUAAACAGUUCUGCCCUGUCAGCCUAGCAGAAUCCAAUGAACUAAUUGACUGCUCUGUAACCAGCAGCUUGGAAUUUGCAGCAGAGUUCAGGGGACACUAUUAUAAAAUGAGUUCCCAGGAAAAGCUAAAUAAAUUUCUGAAGGACCCAGAAUUGUACGUACCUCCCUUAGCACCGCAUCCACUCCCGCCGGACGAUAUGCUUCCUAAAAGGCUGACGAUCUCAGAGCUGAAGAGUCGCUUCCCUAAGUGUGCUGAGCUGCAGGGCUACUGCCCAGUGACUUACCAGGAUGGAAAACAAAGAUAUGAAGCCCUAGUGCCUGGGGACAUCCAGUAUGCUGUAGAGUAUCGUGAUCGCAUAUUUACUUGUGAGAGCGAAGAAAAACUCCAGAAAUUCUUGAGGUUGCCAAUGAAAUACUGGGACCAGAAGCUUCCUCGCAAACUCCCCCCGCUAAAGGAAUCCAUCCACCUCACCAGUCUUCCUUUGCCUGGGUAUCUGGAACAGGGGACAGCAACUUCCCUGAUCAAGGCAAUGAAUGCGGCAGGGAACCUGAAGCCCAAGCUCCCCUUCCUAAGCGUGAGGAGGUCCGUGCUCCUUUACAUAGCCUUCCAUCUCAAAGCAUUUAAUCCCAAGGCUUCUGAAUAUUCAAGAAAAAAAUAUAAGAAGAAGAUGGAGCAGUUUGUGGAAAGAUGUGAACUCAUAACGUACCUCAGCUCCAAGAUGACCCGGAAGUACAAGGAGCCACAGUUCAGAGCCAUCGACUUCGAUCACAAGCUACAGACCUUUUUGUCCUUGAAAAACAUAGACCCAGUUACUGGGUAG